AUGAGCGCCAAGCAGAGCGGCCCGACAGCAGUUAACAGUCGCACGCGCGCGUGCUCGGGCUCAGAUCUACUUUCCAGUAGCAGCGGAGGGGCUAAUGGGACCGCGGACGGCGGAGGCGCUCUGACCGCCGCUGCGCGGAGGUUCCCGGCUCAGGUGCCCAAUGCGCAGCAGCUCAGCGCUGCGGCCGGCGCCGCGGCGGCUUCGGCAGCCCCGCGCAGCCGCUGCCUCGGCGGGGCCGUGGGGAGCGUGGCGUCGGCGGCCCGUGCGGCGCAGUCCUCCUUCAGCAUCCCGAACAGCAGCAGCGGCCCCUACGGCUCGCAGGACUCGGUGCACAGCAGCCCUGAAGACGGCGGCGGCGGCGGCGGCCGGGACCCGGGGCCGCGGCCGGUGAUUCGCUCCUUACCAGCUCACCUGUCGCCGCGCAAGUUUGGAGACUGGGGAGUGUUAAAGUGAACAGACACUUUCUCGACUACUGCUAGUAUUGUCCAUCACCUUUGUUUUAAAACGGGUCUUAAGGGUAUUUCCUAACGUUUAAAAGUCUUGAUGGUAUCUUAGAGGGGUUUGUCUGGCUUUAAUUUAUAUCUACGUUUUUUUUCCCACUGUCAAGUAGCUAUUGUUCAUAAGAGCAUAAUAUGAGUGGUAAAAUAGCCUUUUAAUGAUGCGGCAAGAAUGG